AACUUCUUGGAAACUGAAUGACUUGAAGAAAAUUGAAAGUUUACUGUUUUUGUUUGGGAGCUAGCUUUCUGUACGAUCUGUAUCAAAUAUUAAAAAAAUAAAAUGGAUUUUGCUAAGCUGUAUUCCCAAGGAAGUUGUUCUUCCUCGAUUUUUGCAAAAGAUGUUGAUAAUAUGAUGCCCUUUACUGAAAAUUCAACUUGGAAUUUUGCUUCUGAAGACGGAGUAUUCAAAAGAACUACGCACCCAAUUAUCACUGGAACUUCUGUCUUAGGUUUGGUAUUUGAUGAAGGUGUUAUGAUUGCUGCAGAUACCCUUGGUUCAUUUGGGUCUAUGGCUCGUUUUUUGAACUGUCCUAGGGUACUAAAAGUAAAUGAUCAAAUUAUCCUUGGCGCUGGAGGAGAUUUUGCUGACUUUCAAUACAUGUCAUCAGUCAUUGAACAGCAGAUAAUCAACGAAGAAUGUUUGAACGAUGGCUUUAAUUUAAAGCCAAGAUCACUUCACUGUUGGUUAACAAGAUCUAUGUACAAUAGGAGAUCUAAACUUGAUCCUUUGUGGAAUAUAUAUGUUGUAGGUGGCAUGCAAGACGGAAAGCCGUAUUUGGGGUUGGUUGAUAAAAUUGGAACUGCUUUUGAAGCUCCUUCUAUUGCUACUGGUUAUGGCUCAUACUUAGCUCAGCCUUUGUUCCGUACCAGAAUUGAAAAAAAUCCGAACAUAUCUGAACAUGAAGCACUAGAUCUCAUAAAGCAUUGUUUGAGGAUUUUGUACUACAGAGAUGGAAGAUCCUUUCCCAAGUUUACUGUUGGGAUUUGCACAAAAGAAGGUGUCAGGGUUACUGAUCCAGUGGAAAUAGAUUCCGAUUGGUCAGUUGCACGAUUAGUUGGGGCCAAGUGUUCCUGAAGAUCCAUGUAAAACUAUGUAUUGUGUUUGAAAAUGUCUUUUAUAAUAAUAAAUAUAUUUAAAAGCA